AUGGCAAACCUCUCGCAGCCGUUAUCUAACAAUGACAUGUCUCUCCUUCACAGCUUCUCUCUUCCUACUCAAUCUCUUCACUUUGCUCACGGACACUUUCCACUUAGCUAUCUCAGUCUAGAGAAUCCAAAGUUGUUGCCUGAUUUCGGAGAAUGCUACGAGAAAACCACAAGUAACAUUGGGUCCGCCACAAACGAUCCUUACUCUUCAAAUAGUACCUGUGUCUCUGUCGGAUGGGCUAAUCCAUCAGCUACCAAACACAAUCUCUCCGAUCAGGAAGAGAAUGUGAACUGCGUGCUGAAAUUCAACGUCGCAGGCCCUGACUUCGGCCAGUGCAUGUUUCCCGACGACGACAGUAGGGUCGGUCAGGACGAGUACUUAUUGGACACCCUGGCUUUCAAUCAUGGAAAUAAUCGUAGUUGUGCUGCCGGGAGGUUCUGCACGCCCGGCGACUCCGGCAAUAUCAUGGUGGACUCUACCUGCAUGGAGACAACAUCUAGCUGUUACACAUCAGUAUGCGGUGAAGCUGAAGGCGACCAAUUUCAUUUGUUCUCUGAGCUACCUGAUGAUGGUGCAUACUCCGCUGUGCAUUUUGGUCUGCAAGAAUCAACAAACAGUCACAACAAGCGUGCAUUCACGAGUAAUAAUGAGAUGGUCGACUCACCGGUGGCGAAGAAGCAAUGCUCCAGCAAUUCGCCAAGAAAGCCAAAUAAGCCGAGGCCAUCACCAUCAAAGGACCCACAGAGCAUUGCUGCCAAGAACCGGAGGGAGAGGAUAAGUGAGAGACUGAAGAUAUUACAGGACCUUGUACCCAACGGAACAAAGGUUGAUCUGGUUACUAUGCUAGAGAAAGCAAUAAGCUAUGUCAAGUUUCUGCAGCUCCAAGUAAAGGUUCUAGCAACGGAUGAGUUCUGGCCAAGCCAAGGUGGGAAGGCACCAGAGAUAGGCCAAGUAAAGGAAGCCAUUGACGCCAUCCUCUCUUCUCAUAGGGCACCCACAACAAGAAAGGACGGUGACCACUGA